CGUAAAAACAUCGAGCCACCACGGCCUUUGAAAUCAGCUCAAAAAUCUACUAUGAGCACACAGGAUAAUCAAGUGACAGAUGAAUAUCUUAUAUCAUUUGCUGAAACACUAUCGAACACUAUAUUAACGAAUCCUACGGAUCAAAGUUCACUUUGUGAGUUGAUGUGGCUGAGUAAUCAACUAAAGUUGCGUGGCCCCAUAUUAGAAGUGAAUUAUGGAGAUUCUCUGGAUAAAAUAUUUUUAUGUUUCGAAACGUAUUACAAUUCGAUAAUCUGAAUUAUAAUAUUCGCUUGCCUUUAUUGCAAUUGGUAGAAUUAAGAGCAAACCGAUGGAAAUGUACAGAUGGAGUUAAUUCUUAUUAUCGGCCUAAAGUUUCAAAAAUUCAAGAGACAUCACCUAUAGAGCCAGUAAUUCUCAGUACUUCACCAGAACCAUUUAGCAAUAUAGCUCCUGGUCAGCAAUUAUUAGAACAAGGUGAAGUAGUACGAGCUUCUGGAAAAUAUAAUAAACCCACAAAGAUACAGGGCAAGAAUUAUUUUAAAGAUGAAGUUGUAAUAAGAAAUGCAGAUUCGGGAAAGAAAUUGUGCAAUUCUUUUGCAGUUAAUCCAGGAGCGAAAGAAAGACUAGUCCAGAUUACAGGACCAUCAGAGGAAAAAAUUAAGUGA